AUGAUCACCGCACUUUAUAUGCCUUCCACGUUGGCGAUCAAAGCUUGUCAACCACUAAACAAUUUCGUAUUUGUAGUUCUCACAAUUCGUUUCCUCUAUUCGACAGGAAGGGCCAAAAUUCAACAUAACACUAGUACUGCAGAAGACAAGUUGAAAAAGCGUCCAUCCAGUAUUAAAAGUAAGCCUGCGCCUGUAGACAGCAACAUUUGCAUCCGUCUUUCUCUAGAUCUUCAAAGUGAAAUUUCUCGUUAUCUAAUUUCUCAAGAAGCAUACAUGAGUUUUCGCUUGGUGUGUAAAUUAUGGAGAUCUGUUGCUCCUCCAUUACGUUGGAAAGUGGUUGUUGAUGGUGAUGCAGCUCCUUCUUAUGAUCAAGACUCCAUGUGGCUUCUAUCUCUAAACCGAAAGGAUGGUUUGUGCACCUUCUAUAAUCCCUUUAGAAAUUUCAACUGUUAUAUGAGCAACAACGAUUUAGUAGGCUGUGAAAUUCGGUAUGCAAAAGAUGGAUGGCUUCUUGUGUCUAAGGGAAAGUCUUUCUUCUUACUUGAGCCUUCGCCUUCUCGGAAGCAAAUCAUUCAUCUCCCACAAAAAAGAUACGACUAUUUAUGUGACAUUAUGUCAUUCUCAGCUUCUCCAACUAAUUCUUCUGGGUGGGUAAUCUUUGGUAUAGCUUUAUUAAAUGUGUUUCAAGUUAGGAUUUCAUAUUUGAGACAAGGGGAUGAUAGAUGGACUUGUAUCACAAGGGACAGUGAGAUGCCAUUCCUACUUUCAUCUUCUAGUCCGGUCUACUUUGGUGAAGAAUUUUGUGUCAUAGGCCAACACGGUGAUGUUGGUGUAUUUGGCUUUAAAGACGGAACCCCUUACUGGGUUAUCCAUAAACUUUUUCAACAAUAUUCACCUCGUAUUUAUGAUGCUUGCCGUUUGUUUUUAGUUCAACAGGAUCAAAAUGUGCUACAUUCCGUGGUUGUGACACCACAACAUGAUGUUCAUGUUUAUGAACUAGACUUUGGAAGCAACAUAAUAGUCAAAUUAGUAAAAGAAGUCAAAAAUUGGCUUUUUUUCACUAGCGAAGCCUCAUCGGUUGCUGUUUGUGGCAUGAACGUAAAUGUGGAUAAUGCAGUUUUCUUCCCCACUUUCAACACUUGUAACGACUAUACUUACUACUCUUUGGAAGAUGUAGCAUUCAAAGUAUUGAAAGACAAUUGUACGGAUAAAACGUAUCAGAAAGAGCUUUUAAAUUGUGUUUGGAUCCGCUGUGAACUGAGAGGGAAUUGA